AUGAAGGAGCUGUUUAAUUAUCGACAUGCACAAUUGCGCAAUGCAAUCGAGCGUUGUUUUGGUGUUUUGAAAGGCAGAUUUCCCAUAUUGAAGAGCGCUAUGCAGUAUGAAUUUCAAACACAAGUCCAAAUUGUGAUAGCAUGUUGUGUCCUACACAAUUAUAUACGUACUGAAAAUGAGUCUCGACUGGACAGGGAUUUCGUUGGUAUAUCUGCAACCGAUGGGGUGGCUAUCCCGACACCUGUAGAGGUAUCAACUAAUGAUGAGCGACAAUGGUCCAUUCGAGUAACUCAGCGUGAAAAAGAUGCUUGGAAUCGAGUACGCGAUGACAUUGCAGCUAGAAUGUGGGCAAAUGCUCAGCACAAUAGUGAAAUGACAGACUCCUUUAAUGUUACAUUAACACCGACCCAAUCACCCAUAAGAACACCGCCGGUUCCCACUCGAAGUUCUCCGCGUGGGAAGACGGUGAAAUCUCUAGCGGAGCCUCUAUCCAGAGCCGCAAAGAUCAAAUGGACUACUGCUAUGGAUCAGAUUCUGUUUGACACAUUUAUCAAACAGGUUGCAUUAGGGCGUAGAGCUGAUAAUGGUUUCAAGAGGGAGGCAUACCAAAUUGCGGUUGAAGAAGUUACAAAGCAUACUGACGUAGCCGUCCAGUGGCAAAACGUGUCGAAUCGGUUGAGAUAUUAUAAAAGAGAGUAUAAUGCAGUGAAAGACAUGCUAGCAGCGAGUGGGUUUGGUUGGGACAAUGAGAGGAUGGUGGUCACGGCUCCAGAUGAAGUCUGGGAGGAGUAUCUUAAGGUAAGUUUUACUAAUUUUUAAAAUCCCAUAAUACAUUUUUAUGUAGUUUUAGCCC